AGCCAUUACUUGACAGGGCUUCACCCGUGGGCCAAUCUGAUCGUUCCUCGCUCGACCCGAAUCUUGCGCGAUCCAGACCUCCAGGCUGGGAUAGUCCUGGAUAACGACGUAUACCGCCAGCUUCCUGUUUCCGGAUAUCUGUCGCACCGGUUCUCGAAGUCCCUGUUUCCCCAAGUACCCAUACAGGCGGAUCGCCCGCCCGAAACAAUACCAUUUAUCGAAUUGCAACACAUAGAGGACGCCAUAUUCUUCCGUCAACGCACGUCGCGCCUCAUAACGCAGGUCCUCGCCGGACAGUAUCGUGACGAGGAUACCGGCAAUAUCCAACGUCAACCGUUGGGUGAACACCCCACCAUCAUUGUCCCCCCGGUUUGGAACAAGAUCCGACCCGUUCUUUAUCAAGUCGUCUCGACAGCCUGGGGCACCGGCGUAAUACUGGAAGCAAAGGACUUCUUCACAAUUGGACCAGAUCGGCGCGAUCUGCACUGUAUCAUUCUAGAUAAUUAUGCCAUCAACCUCACCUCAGGAUACAGGGGAUUUGACAAGUUCAUGAUAUCCGUUAAGGACUUCGUAUGGGUCUACGAUGUUAAACCGUCGGUUCAAGCCAUGCAGAACCCGCAUGCAGUAUUACGAAAAUCUCGUAUACCCCGCACGACCGUCCUCGAGAGCAAUUCCGCUUAUUUCUUCAGAGUCGACCAUUUUGCCUUCGUAACGCCUCGGCAACGUGACGACAAAAUCUACGGCAUCGUAUUAUCCACCCUCGUACGCCGAGAGAGAAUACAGUCAUUUCAGGCCGCCUUUGAAGACGCUCCCGAUCCGGUGGUCGUGCCGCCAUCCGUGUGUGCGUUUGAUAUCGCCACAGUGCAACCAGACGAGAUGCUGUUGGCUGAAUCGCGCUAUAACGUCUCCACGGCUAUCCGAUUCUCGGAGCCUCCAGUUUCCGUCCAAGCACAGAAUCAGCUUUGCGAUGCAAUCCGUCACACUCUCCCCAUGCAUCCCAGUGAGGGGCUGCUACCCCUCAAGGUCUUCCGCCUUGACCCUAGCGAGUAUGCGUGGUUAGACGAUCGCAUGGGAAAAUUUGAUUCUUUUCACGACGAUCCCAAAACAGCCAAGAGAAAGAUGUCUAAGCUUUUCAACGUCGCCUGUUCCGCGCUCGCGGCACUUGAUUCCCUGGUGGACGACAAAAUAUCGCACUGGGUCACUGCUACGAUCCCC